ACACUACCCGUUUUCCUUAUUUCACUCGCUUGUACAACAGCUUUUUUUUUUUUCAUUUCACUUUUAAGAUGGAUGAAUUUGGAGAACUUUUUUGAACAUCAUCUUCUCUAUUACUGCCUCCAGUAACACCAGGUCAGCCCUGUCAUGACACAGACUGUUCUAAUCAGCUUGUCGAGGCACGUCUUCCCCUGCAGCUCAGAUUAAGCAAAUAUGACCAAGCAAUUACUGAUUCUAGUACACACAUUUUUGACACACACACACGUGAAAUUUGUGAAUUACAUAGUGCAUAAACUUGGAAGACAAUCUGAGAGAAUGCCCUCAUGAUUACACAAAUCUACAGAAUAUGAGCAUACAGUUUGGGAGACAAACCAAAUUCUCAUAGAAAACCUUUAUAUCCUUUUACUAUAUAUCAGUCUUUUAAACUCAAACUUGUGUUUUAAAAGCCUUGUUUGUGGAGGAAUUAUUAGACAGAGUACAGCCUGUGUGUUGAUGGGAGAUGCAGAGGGAAUGGAGGUUAACAGGGCUCUGCUAUGCCAGCUCAAAAGCCUGUAGGAAUACAGCAUAGCCCCGUGAGGACACAACUGGCUGUAUAUAGAAGCAGAGACAAACGUCAAGUUUUAAUCAGCUGUUGGGGAGCAAAGUGCGUGAUAAGUGGCUGCGCGAAGAGCAGUACUUUAAUUCAGUUGUUCUAAAGAGGACAUCAGAUUUUCAGUGGUUUUGCACAAAACAGACUGUAGUAUACAUCUUUGUUUAUUGUUGAAUGUUGUCACUGUUAUAAAAUGAACUGCAAGAUUUUUAGAGCAGCUUAGUAUUUUUCGAUUACACAGCAUUCUUUGUAGCAUCAUUCCAGAAUAGCCGUCUUCAGUUUUGUUAUUUAAAAAAGAUUUUGAAUGUUGAAUGUUUAAAGUCACAAAAAGAUGCAUAAAUAUCAUUAUUUAUGAAGUUAUGUCUAUGUAAGGAAUGACUAGUCUUGCAUCAAUCUAGAUCUAAAAAAUAUUUAAUAUAAAAGAAUAUAAUUCAAAUGCCAUGGAGCAACAGAUAAUAUUGGCAUUAGUUAAAAUUGUAGUUAUGUUUGCACCAAUAAACUAGAAUAUGUAAAAGAAUCAAAUCCAUCACCUUUAAUUAUUGAAAGUGGUAAAAAGCAUCUUGCUGUUGUAGUUAGCUGUAGCGGGCAUGUCUUUUUGAAACAAAUGCUGAAUUUCUUGAUAACAUGGUGAUGAGCAGCAUACAAGAUCUUCCUGCAGAAAAUAUUUCAUUCACAAUUUUCAAACUGAAUGGUUUCUAUUCUUUGGGAGAAUGGCGGCGUUUUCUGUUCAUCCCAUAUUUCUUUAUGUUUGUAUUGUCUACUGUGUCAAACUCUAUUCUCAUAUAUUUAAUCAUAACCCAGAGAGCUCUGCACUCUCCGAUGUUUGUAUUAAUCGGUCUAAUGGCUGUCGUAGACUUGUUUAUGCCAAUAUUUUUUGUACCAAAUAUGCUGCUCAGCUUUUUAUUUGACUGGAAUAAGAUUUCACUUGUGAACUGUUUGAUGCAAAUAUUUUUCAUUCAGUAUGUUGGUGCUUAUCAAUCUACUUUACUGAUGUGGAUGUCUCUGGAUCGGUUCUUUGCUAUAUGCAGACCUCUUUCUUAUCACAAUUAUACGCAAACAUCCAAUUUCCUAAAGUUUAUUAUUGGUCCAGUAAUUAGAAAUACACUCUUAAACGUUUCAGUGGUUUCUUUGGCUGGAAAACUAAAUUUUUGUAUGAAGAAUGAGAUAGAUCACUGUUUUUGUGAACACAUGGGAUUGGUCCAGCUAGCAUGUGGAGAUACUUCAACUAAUAACUUACUAGGGCUUGCAACUGCUCUUCUAAUAGCAACUACAGAUUUUGUUUUUAUUACUAUAUCUUAUGUAAUAAUAUUUGCUUCUGUAAUGAAAUCAGGCAAGUCCAGCAUGAAGGCCAUCAACACUUGUAUUACACAUAUAAUCGUCAUCACAUUUAGUUUAGUAUUUGCCUUGACAGCUUUUUUUUCAUAUAGAAUUAGAAAUAGUUUUUCUCCAAACAGCCGUAUUUUCAUUAGUACAAUGUACGUACUUUUUCCAAGUUGUUUCAAUCCAGUUAUUUAUGGAAUAAGAACAAAAGAAAUAAGGCAGCAGUUUUUAAAAUUCUUUAACCAUGUGAAAGUCUUACCACAGUAAUUCAGUGAUGUACGC